AGAGAGAGAGAGAGAGAUUGAGGAGUAGAUUACAUAACGCCGUACUCCUCUGUGGCAGCUCCUCUGCUUCAAAUCAUCCCCCCUGUCCAUCGCUCUCCCUCUCCUCCGGACGAGCAGCAGCAGCAGCAGCAGCAGCCGGGCUCUGAAUCCAUCCACCCGGGCAAUCUGCGCCCCUCCUCCCUCUCCUCCGGCUCUCUUGCCGCUCGCUCCUCCCUCCAUCUUUCACUUUCUAGCCCCCGUCCUCCUCCUCCUCCUCCUCCUCCUCCUCCUCCUCCUCUUCUCUUCUCUCGCCUGCGGAUGCCCUCCUCACUCACAGUAUGGACUCGGGAGGGGAAGGAGAAGAGGGUUGGAUGGAGGACCAGUGGGAGAAAUGGUUGACCCAUGACAUCAGCCUGGAUGAGUUUGAGGAUGACGACCUGUCGGAGAUUACGGAGAUCACGGACGAGUGCGGGAUGAGCCUCAACUGCAACGGCCCGGAUAUAAAGGGCCGUGUGAGGCGGGCGGCCAGUAGCGUGCCGGGGAGGGCGGAGCUGGGCGCCGUCGGCCAGCUCCAGGCGGAGAUGCUGCAUUUGGAGCUCAUCGACGGCGCCGACGGUUACCUCAGCGACAGGGAGUCGUUGAAGGCGUCAGCCGUCGCACCCCCGCCGGCCACCAAGGACCCUGCGGCACCUGUUACCAUGGAUACCUACCGGCCCAAGAGACCCACGACCCUUAACCUCUUCCCAAUUGUGCCACGCACACAGGACACAUUGAACAACAACUCCUUCGGCAAGAAAUACAGCUGGCAGGAGAAAGUCUCCGGCUCGUCGUCGCCCCUCAAAGCAGGUGAGCUCAGCCCGCCGCGCGAGCACAGCUGCCUGAGCGACGAGGACAAGGCGCACGGCGGGGCGGCGCAGACCAAGGACCGGGGCACCUCCACCGACGCCGGCCCCUGCAGACACGGCUCGUCCGCGGCGGCGACGCGCUCCAAGCUGCAGGAGAAGCCGCCCGCGCCGCCGCCGCCGCCGCAGAACUACACGCCGGCUCCUCUGUAUCCGGCGGGGAAGGCGGAUGGAGGCGGCAGCCACCGGGAGAGGACCCGCUACCACACGGACGUUCAACUAGAGCCCACCGAGGAGAUCUAUCUGACCCCUGUGCAGCGCUCGGCCGACCCCCUGGAGCCCCCCGACGCGCCCGACCGGCCGUUCCUCUCGCAGCAGACCGAGCAGGGCCGCAUGUCCAUCAGCUCCGACACCGAGGGCCCGCCCCCCUACCAGCCCCUCCCAGAUCGGACAAACCCCUCCAUCUACGAGGAGGACGAGGUCUACGUCCCGCCGCCGUCGUACGCGUCGUGCGUGGAGGCCCUCGUCACCCCGCCCAGCGUGGCUCUGUCGGCCCGCUCCUCCCUCGCCCUGGACCUCAGCUUGAAGGGGGCGGGAACGGGGGCCGGGGCGGUGCUGCGGGCCGGGUCGUCCGUGGAGUACGUGGACGCCACCGACGACAGCUACUGCGGGGAGGACGAGGAUGUGGACAGGAUAAUGAUGGACGGCAGGAUGAGGAAGGGGGUAGGAAAAGGCGAUGGAGUCGGUGGUGGUGGCGGCGGCAGGGCCGCCCCGCCAAGGACUUCCAUGAACUCCGAGGCCAGCGGCCUGUCAUACGACUCGGUCAAAUACACGCUGGUGGUGGACGAGCACGCCAAGCUGGAGCUGGUCAGCCUCCGCCAGUGUUACCAGGGCUACAGCGACGACAGCGACACGGCCACCAUCUACGACAACUGCGUCUCCUCGCCCUACGAGUCGGCCAUCGGCGAGGAGUACGAGGAGGACGGCGAGGACGAGGAGGAGGACGAGGAGGAGGAGGAGGACGAGGACGAGGAGGACGGGGCUCGGACAGGGGGAGUGAGGAGAGAGGCCAUAGCUUGUCUGUCGGAAGACUCCACCCCGGAAGCCGACCUGCACUUCUCCAAGAAGUUCCUCAACGUCUUCCUGAACGGACGCUCCCGCUCCUCCAGCGCAGAGUCCUUUGGGUUGUACACGUGUGUCAUAAACGGAGAGGAGAGGGACCAGAGCCACAGAGCCACCUACAGGUUCGUCCCCCGACACGACGACGAGCUGGAGCUGGAGGUGGACGAUCCGUUGCUGGUGGAGGUCCAGGCGGAGGAUUACUGGUACGAGGGCUACAACAUGCGAACCGGCGCCCGGGGGAUCUUCCCCGCUUACUACGCCAUCGAGGUGACCAAGGACACGGAGAGCGACAAAGUGAAGGGCACCGAGUGGAUGGACAGAUACCGGCUCAAGUUCCUGGGCUCGGUCCAGGUGCCCUACCACAAAGGAAAUGACGUUCUGUGCGCCGCCAUGCAGAAGAUUGCCACCAACCGAAGGAUGACGGUCAAGUACAACCCACCUUCCUCCUGCAUCCUGGAGAUCAGCGUGAAGGGCGUCAAGCUCGCAGUUCAAGAGGAUUAUUACGCCUGUGACCGAAGUAAUGAGUGCAGUCACUUCUUCCAGUUAAAGAACGUCUCCUUCUGCGGCUAUCACCCCAAAAACAGCAAGUAUUUCGGUUUCAUCACGAAACACCCGGCGGACCAGCGGUUUGCCUGCCACGUGUUUGUGUCUGAAAACUCCACGAAACCCCUCGCGGAGUCCGUGGGGAAAGCCUUCCAGUUGUACUACAAAGAGUUCGUGGACUUCUCGUGCCCGACGGAGGACAUCUACCUGGAAUAGCACUGCCCCUGCCUUCAACCCACAGCACUGUACAUUACACUGUAUCAUACCAUAACGUUGCAUGAAGGACGGACAUAAUCCAAAUCUGCCGAGAUGAACACAAAUAAAAAUGACUUAACGCAUCUGACCAACAAGCGGGGGGCGGGGGCGGCGGGGGGGGGGGGGGGGGGAUCGUGUACUGGACACAAGAGGAGACGAAAUUGUGUGAGAAAACAAGAAGGAAUAUAUGCAAGAUGGCGUCGGUGAUGAGAUGCGAUCACGGGCUGUCCAUGGGAAGCACAAACCAUUCCAUCGCCACAGCCUUCGCCGCGACACUGAAAGCCCCCGGGGAGGCAGCCGCGCCGGACGGCACUGCCUUGUGCACUCGAGAAAAAGACGGACAGCAGCUGAGCUUUGGGCAGUGACAUCCUCACACCGAGAAGUGUACGCUGUACUGUAGGACCGAUGGGGUUUUAUCCUUUUAGCACACCGGGUAUAAGGAAAAGGGGUGACUCACAUUGUUGGAAGUCCACCCACUGACGAUGUUUAAAAGGAAAAAAAAAUCCGCUAUGGGUGAUGUUCUUUGCAAUUUUUUUUGGGGGGGGGGUCCCCCAGAUCUUUGGUUGAGACCGGACCAAUGGGCGAGCUCGUGUUCAUCCGCCGGUCGCCGAUGGGGUUUGGCCCGCGACGCCUUGGCCACUGGAACGUUUGGUCUGACAAGAGACGGGAGCUGAAGCAAAGCGUUUCAGAGAGAGGCUGAAAAAAAAAUGGGAGCUGCAGGAGCGGAGAGUCCGAGGAACAACCUGAAUGUGAGCCCAAUAAUGUCUCCUGUAAACAAGCUGAAGAUUAUAUUUUCUCUCGGAAGAAGAACUGAGAGGUUCCAAGACCCAGCGGCCCGGCGAUGCCAGGCAAGAAUCUUUUGACACUCUGUGCCAAACCUUGUUGUGAAAUCCAGAUAUUUUUUCAAUAUUUGACAACAUUUUGAAGCCAUUAUCAUAAAAGAAAAUUGCAGGUUUUGGUGUCCAUGGAGCUCUCUAGGCUAAUCUGUGAAAUCUGCUGCAAUGAGCUCGCAACCAUUUGGAUGAACUAUAAACUCCUAAGAUCUUAGUCUAUACUGGCUUUCUUGGAUUUCUAUGGUACCAAAACCAUUUGAGUCUGUCAACCUUGGGAUUUGAGAAAUUGGGAGUGGAGUUUGGUCACCAUUGAUGAACGAAAAGUCAUUGUUGGUUUGCCGCGUUAGAACCAAUGAUUAAGGGUUUUGGGGGCUUUCGUAAAAAACGCCUUCCUCCGCUAGUGAGUUGCUUUCAAACAAGUUCGUCACAAUUUCAAGUCCGUGGUAGUGGCGCAGCUCAGCAGGGGAAGUUCAGCAUCCCCCCCCCCCGGCAAACAAUAGUUGGCACAGAUUAAAUAGAUAUUCUGGAGGAGCAGAAUAUAAUAAUAGCAGAUUAUAAUUUAUAACAACCAUGGGAGAAGGCGGACGAGGUGGAUUAGACUGAAACACUUGAAUGAUGAAUCAUGAAGAACUCCCGGAGUGCGCUGAACAUCACCUGUGCUUAAACAAAGGGUGGGGUUCGUUUUUUUUAACUUUCAAACUUCUUAGCGGCGUCUGUUGACACCGUAGUCCUGAGAUAAAGACCCCCCCCCCCCAGCAAUUUGCCCAGUGAGGCUUCAGCCUGAAUUUGCUUCUUUUACUGUGUGUUCUAACACAGUAUGAAGUCAGUGAUGAAGAUAAUAUAUUUAAUAUGAAUAGAGCCUGACCACGUUUUAUUUGUUGUUGGGUUUUUUUGGGGGGGGGGGCUAAUGCGGAUAUUCGAGAACAAAAACAUUUCCGAUAGGAAUAUAUCGUCAGAUAUGUAGACUGAAAAAGAGAAUUGGCAACGAUUCCUUAGAUGUAGUUAUCAAACUCUUAUGAUGAAGAAAAUUUAUUUAGUAUUAUUAUUUUACAGUGUAACUAUAAAGUCUAUUAAAAAUUACUAAAAAGAUUUCUUUAUUUUUUAUUUAUUAACGUGAAAUGGACGCACAUCUUCUCUGCGUUGCUAAUUCUGCAAAAUAAAAGUUUACACAUCGGCAAACACGAACGCCGACACCGGCGAAAAUGCGCAACCAAUAAAAUCGGACUCUUACUGAUAAUUUUAAAAGAACCCUAAGAAUAAACAUCUGGGCAAGUCUCCGUGGUGGUGGAAGACUGACGUACAGAAAAGGAAAUUCCUUCUGGAAACUUGCUGCCCGCACGUCACAAAGAUGAAUUCAGACGACGUCGGGGGAGCAAAAGCAAAACUCUGUUGUCCCCAGGUCUUCGCGAGUAGUGCCUCUUUCUCAUCCCAUCAUUUUCCACCUCCCCACUCGGCGAUACAUUAUCAUGACGUUUCAAAGGGGUCGCCAUCGAGUGUGCGUUGAGUUUGUGAGAGUUUGCACGCAGGUUGAAAUGUGCUGUACUGUACCUGAGCUGUUGUCCUUUUAUUUCUCUCGUUAUUCUGCCGAAUCUGUGGACGUCCAUGAUUCUCCUAUAGCGAUGUGGAUGACACAUCCACUCAUAUGAAUUCAGCAAGGACUUCUCGUCAAAUAAUUUGAACAGGAAACGGUUAAAUAUCACUGCAAGCCAUGGAGACAUUGUAUUGAUCAGCGCUGGAGCUGUUUGCCUAUUAAGACUUUUGUUUUAGCUGCACGGAACUCGAGUGGAAGUGAAAUGGUGAGACGUGUGCCUCAUUUAUCGAUCUGCAGAAGAAUACUCCCAAAAAAUCAGAAACCACUCGACAGUCCACCAAGGCCGAAACGAUUCCCCUUCAGAAAUCACGGUUAGAUCUCAUAGAUCCAGAUGUUCAUUUUGAUCCUCGUCAAAUUUAAACACACAGAGAUAUUAUUGCAGAAAUGAUGCCUGAUUUUUUUUCUUUUUUUCCCGGGGACAUUGGUGAAGAUGAAAAAAUAAUAAUAAUAAUAGUGUUGCAAUGUUAAAAAAAACGCAAGGAAAAAAAUAAUCCUGGAUCCGACCUUUUUAUUCCGAUCCAUGCCAAAGUUGAAUAGGUUCUUUCUUGGCCCUUGUUCCAUUCUCACACCAAAUUUGGUGGGAAAUCUGUCCAGCAGUUUUAGCGUAAUCCUGCUAAUAAUCAAAUAAAAACAAACGGACGGACGGACGGACGGGCAAAAAAAGCAGACUUCCCUCUGCACGGCACAGUUCUGGCCCCGAAACAUUUCCUCCCGGAAGAUAUUUGGAAUAUGCGUCGUUGAAAUUAAGAGAAAUACAAAAAGGGGCUGCCAUGUCAUUCUGAAUCACCCUGGACUCAGCGUGGGUACAGUACAGAUAUGUCCUGCAGAGGAAAAGUAUGAAAAAAUGUGUUUUUCCUACAUCAUCUACGUUUGUCCCUUUCAAAAAACAACAGUGUCCUCAGCUGUUGCUUAUCGAAGGCGUCGCAUCCGCAUCAACAUAUCAACACUGACUUUUAUAUGAACCUUCCCAAGAGCCAAUCAGGUGGACAGGAGGAAGUGUACAGCACAGUCGUGUGGGGAGGGGGCUAUACAAAGUGUGUACAGACAUGCCAUAUAUAAAUAAAUGAUUUAAUAUCUAAUUAUGAAUAUGACAUUGUAUCGAUUCAACAUGUAGUAUGUGAAAUUUCUCUUUAUUUUUUGGAAUUAUUUUUUUUUUUAGGUGUGAGAUGAUUAUUUAAAAUUUUUAAUGCAGA